UGGGUGAGCGACGCGUUUCCCAAUCGGGCUAACAUCAAAUACCGAUCACUUAAACCAUGGUUGUCUCCCUCGCUUGGCUAUUCCUCUUCACCGUGCUGACUUCGGUCAGUGCAGCGACUCACAAAUGGGAAGCAACGAAUUUCUGCAAAUGCAUUUGCUUCGGCGCCAACUACACCAUUCUACAUUUAGAUCAUCCCGACAACCCCAACCAACCGUGUUUGUCUUGCACUAAACAAUGGUGUCUCAAUCAGAACUUGCCCAUAUGUCAUGGCGCCUCCCUUGGAGACACUAAUCCUGACACCGCCAGUGGAAAGGAGGGUGAUAUCGAAGCAAGAUGUUUCCAACGCGAUUCCCCUCGGGACCAACUAGUUGUCACUAUAUUCCUAUUGACAGUGAUUGGACUGCUUCUCGCCGCCGGUAUCAAGAGUAGGAUGGUCAAGGCCGGAUUUGCUGACCGCAACCUCCGAUGGGACGCGGGACGUAGAUGGUGGGAUUCUUGGACGCCUACAACACAAAUGGCAAUACCACGCUUCGGGAGAACAACUCGCGGCGAUGAGAUGCGGAUGGGGGAUUAUACGCCUGUUGCAGGAGACUCGCAGUGACUGAAAUCAAAUCGUUGUCUCUCUCUCUCUCACCACCACCAUCAUCUUUUCGGAAUGGGAUCUCUUUGUUCGAAAGGCGCAGCCAACGCCUAUACAGGCGGCCAUUCUGUGCUGUCCGCUGGUCAAGAUGGAACGUCGAGCCAGCAGACCGAUCCGCGACGGGCCGCGGCGCUAGCCGCAGAGCAGCGGUUGCAAGCUAGCAAAGUGAGGGGAGCGCCUAAUCGGGGCGCAUUGGCGGAGCAAGCUGCCAAACCAGUCUCACGUACCCCCGAGGCACAACAACCAGAACGAAUGGUGUGGGACUGAGCGAUAGAUAGAAGCGGUAGUACGUCAACCUGUGGUGCCUAUUUGAUUGAACUCUUGUCUCUUCUCCCCGCCACAUGGCAUGAAUGUCUGGCCAGUCGGAAACGUUUUCGGAGACGCAACACAGAUGGGAGAGGGUUUUGUGGCGAAGACAAGCCCACCCCGAUAACCACAUCGUUCCCGGAUUCCUGUCUUCCCUUCAGCAGAAUGUCAACUUUAGACCGUACACUUACUGGGAGCUAGUGUUACUGUCUGGGACAAUCACGCAGCAUAUUGCGUCCGUCUUCGUUUUCGUUGCCAUCUUCCUUCGCUUGAGAGAAGAGGAUCUGGAUCCUUAUGUGCUCGUUUGGAUCUCUGUCGGCUGCUUCCUCAUAGGUUAUUUUCUCUGGGAACUACUGGACCGAAUCGGAGCUAGCCGCUUGCAACGCCAUGUCAACCGGGUCAAGACUAUCAAGUCGUCCAUUUUAAUCUUCCUUGCGCUCAUGUCCCUGUCGCCGGUUCUGAGAACUUUAACUGCGGCAACGUCGUCGGACUCCAUUUGGGCGCUGUCUGCCAUUCUGUUCGGCGCCAAUGCCCUUCUUGCGGAUUAUAGCGCGAUGCCAGAGAACGGCGUUCAAGCACAAGAGAGACUCACCUCGGUUUUGUCGAUAAACGCCGCUAUCGCAGCGUCCGUGGUCCUCGCGUCACGCCUGGCCGCCGACACGGCUGUGUUUGCGCUGAUUUUGUUCUCCGUACAGACGUUUGCGCUCUUCCCGAGGCUACGGCAUCGCUUAGGGUCUCGCUCCGCCCUCGUGCGCGUGGCGUUCACCGUGCUGUUGCUUGCCACCUCUGUGGUGGCCGCAAAGCCCGUCAUGCGAAUGGCCAUCUGGGUGUAUGCUUCCGUUCAAUUGGCCGUUACUUUCCUUGCUCCCGCUGUGCUGGUUUGGGCUCAAAAGUUUAAAAAUGAAAUCCGGGGUCCCUGGGAUGUGGCUGUUCCAAAGGUCAACAAAUGAGUAGCAUGACAAUAGCACAACAUAUUCCAAGAUGACAAGACAAUAUACAACCAGUAGUACUAUGUUACAGUCCCCAUUCCUACCACGAUCACGUGGUCCCAUCGCUUCAUGACGUCAUGUCCUGCUCGUCGCUCUCUUCGGUACGCUGGCGUUUAGCGCUAGAAGGCGCGACGCCGAUCCCCCGAGAUUCCAUUACAUCCAUGACCGUCUUUGCUGGCGCGUCAGUGCUUUUCUUGCUUCGGGCCCUGGUUCGGCGCAAAGCACCGAAGGCCUGUGCCUUGAUGACAGCGAGUGUUCCCGACAUUGGAGGCACCGUCGGAGAUAUCGACCGCGCCGGCGACUCCCGACGCUGACGUAAACGCGGCGGGCCGUAUGAACUGCAGUCGCCGUCGCUGCUACCGUGAUCUUGGGGAUCACCCAUUGAAAGCGGUGGCAAAAGAGGCAGCAUUGGCCGAUCUCCUCCCGAUCCCGGCCUCCGAUUUCCCAACUUGAAGCGCAUGGCAUCGCUGCCAGGGCCAGAUAGAGACACCUCAACCCCAGCCGAAGAAGGAUGCCGACGGUAGUCGUAUUCACCACGAUCGACCCCGUCGGCAAACGCAAAGUGGAAAGGCGCAGUCAAUGAUGAGGAGGACGAGGCUGCCGGCAGUCCAUUGGGUGAAAUCGGACGGCUUGCCGGGAAAACGUACGCAGAACCCUCGAGGCUAGCAACAGGGACUUUCUGAUCCUCCCCAAAACGUGGGGGGAACGCACCUGAGCCGAGGUCGGAGGUCGUUAACGUUGGCGAUUCCCCAAAGCUGGGAGAGUUCGAUGAAGUCGUGCUGGCUGGUUGUCCAGACUCUCCGCUGGAAGACGCCGCGUUCUGGUGGGCCCACGAGUCUCGAUGAGAUCCAUGCAGAGCGUACCCGUACGACCCGAAUUUAGCUCCACGAGCGGAAAGUGGCGCCUGGCUUUCGGAUGCAACCUCGCUACCCGCAGCAUAGCCCAUCGACGGCGAAUGAGUGUAGUGAUGGCUGGGACCGGGCCCAUACCCGCCAUUGCACAUGGCAGCAUCGUCUGCAGAGCGAUAUAACGCGUCGUGAUUGUACCCGUGAACAUGCGGCGAGCCCAAGUGGCCGGUCAUCAUGGGUUGCGGAAGUGGUGGGAUGUCGUCAUUCUCGCCCGUCUUACGCGACUGCCACAACGUUCUCCAGUAUUUCUCGCGCUCAGUGAAUUCGUGACGCAUGCUGGCAAUCUGCCUGCGGAAUUCGUGGGCCUCGG